AUGGCUGGAUCACUGGAGGCAAACUCACGCGGCAGGGAGGCUGUAAUAAUAUCGUCCGUCUUCACAUUUCUCGCUCUAAUCAUCGUCAUUCUUCGACUAUAUGCGCGGCUCUACAUUAUUCGAUGCGCAGGAAUCGAGGAUCUGGGCAUCGCUCUGGCCAUGCUCUGCUCAAUAGGACUGACCAUCUGCAUCGGUAUCCAAGCUGGAUUCGGCAUGGGACGACACUUUCGCGAUGUUCCGCCUGAAGACAUGCCAGUAUUCCUGAAGGCGUUCUGGUCCAGUUUGAUGGUUUACUACAUGUCCCUGGGAUUGACCAAAGGAUCCAUGCUUCUCCAGUACCGGCGGAUUUUUCCAACAAAAGCAUUCCAGGUGGCGAAUUGGAGCGUCAUGGCCGUCGUCAUUUGCUACACCAUCUGGACAGUCUUCUCGAGUAUCUUUGCUUGCGUCCCUAUCAGGGCAUUCUGGACCAAAGAGCCGGCGAGAUGCAUCAAUCAAUUCGCCAUGUGGUUCACCAACGCCGGCAUCAACAUCACGACUGAUUUCGCAAUCAUUCUCUUGCCGAUUCCCGUCAUACGCAGCUUGAACCUGGGUAAAAGACAGAAGAUUGGACUCAUCUCUAUUUUUGCAGUCGGAGGCUUUGUAUGUGUAGUGUCGAUUCUGCGCUUGCAAUCUCUCGUGGCCAUUUCCAACUCGACGGAUCAAACCUUCGACAACCCACCUGCGGCAACCUGGAGUUCGGUGGAGACCAAUGUCGGCAUCAUCUGCGCCUGCCUGCCGCUGCUGAGACCCCUCCUCGCCAAAUACCUCCCGAGGGCAUUUACAUCCCGACACCGCAGCCAAUACUCUCGGCACAACUACCCAGCGACAUAUGGAAGCAAAGGAGGCAGCAAGGGAGGGAGCAAAGCGCUGCGCACAAAAGAGAGCUAUGCAUUGAAUGUGACGAAACGCUCGAACGACUCACACGAGGACGGACGAGACAUCCAGGUCGUCACAGACAUACACAUCAAGGUGGAGGGGUCCCAAAGCGAGCCGGCGGAUGCAUGGAGGACACAAUCAUCCCAACAGCACUGGGACGAGAGCUCAUCAAACAAGGACAUCGAAAUCGCCAGCACCUCGGAGAUGCUGGGUGAAGCGCCGUGUCAUCCCACCCGGUAG